UAUCUUAUCAGAUUCAAUUUAAUGCAUGGAUAUCUAAGUUAUAAAAUUGUAAUCUUAGUAUACAUUACGUUUAAGUAUACAUUUAAAUAUAUAUCGUGUGUGUGUGUAUUUAUUUGCAAUGUAUGUAAGUUUACAGAAUAAAAUUUAUCUAUAAAAGAUUGAUAGAUUUAUGAACACUUUCAAACUUAACCCACUUUACGAUAAGAGAUUAUUAUAAAACUUUUUAAACAAACGUAAUGAAUGAUGCGACUAGAACGGGACAGAAAAAUUUAGUGUAUUAAUACCGUCAUCAAACUUUGUUACUGUGGAAUCGCUAAAAUAUUAAAUUUAGGUUAACAUCAGAUUUUAGUGGUGAAACCGUAUAUAUCAAUAAUUUUGUUGUACAAAAGAGUAUAAUAUGAAUUGAAUGUGAUUAGGAGCUUAUAAAGGGACAAUUAAAGAAUUACAAAAAUAUAUUUAUAUUAAAAUAAAAAAGUAAGAUUUUAAUUUUUAGCAUUAUAAGAAACAAUGAGUAAUUAUUCCGAUCCCUUUGGUUUUACUAAACAAACAGCAACUUUGUUGCGUGGUUUGGGUGCAUCUGAAUUAAUAGUAGAAUGCAAAAAAAGAAAUAUAUCAACGGAUGUAUUACACGAGCUUACUGUACAAGAACUAAUAAUGUUAGGCAUUGAUCCUAAAAAGGCUGAAGAGUUAAAAGAUUGUUUAAACGUUAGGAAAAGAAGAUCCAACAUUGUAAUAACAAAUGUUGAGGACAGGAUUGAACAUUUUCUUGAAAUAAUCAAAGAUGGAGAGCAGCAGUUCUGUUUGAUACAAGCGUUUAUAGCGUAUUGUCGAUUGAGACUCGUAAAGGAAAGAAUUAAUAUUUUUAUUGAUCCCAACAAGUGUUUGAGUGCUUCUAAGGUAUUACCUAUCGCUGUUGCUGCAACACUGACAGAGAUAGAAGAAGCAAAUAAGAACCUUUCUGAACUUGAGGAAUUGAUUUUAAGGCUCAGUCGUAAUAAGAUGGACGGUGGAGCGUACGGUGGAGGAAAGGCAGGAGCCCCUUUCGACCCUAUUGCCUUUAUCCAAAGGCCUCAAGUCAUUUUAAGAGCCGUAUGUCUGCUCUUCGCGAUAAUCGUGUUCGGAUGCAUAAGCAACAAGGGAUAUAUAGAAAAGCCAGACGGAAAAGACGUUUGUCUUUACAACGGAGACCACAAUGCUUGUAAUUACGGGAUAGGAAUUGGAGUCCUCGCCUUCCUCGCUAGCAUUGGAUUCCUAGCUGGCGAAUAUCUCUUCGAACAGAUGUCUUCUGUUAAGACCAGGAAGCAUUUCGUCCUGCUCGAUUUAGGGUUUUCUGGCUUUUGGGCAUUCCUUUACUUCGUCGGAUUCUGUUACUUAACCAAUGCUUGGAACAAAUCGGAAACGCCGGAAAAUAAUUACGGAGUGAACAACGUUCAAAGCGCUAUCGCUUUCUCCUUCUUCUCCAUUUUUACCUGGGCUGCCUGUGCCUGGUUUGCCUUCCAAAGAUUCAAGCAAGGUACCGAUGCUGCAUUCGCACCGAGUUACGAAGCGGAUCCUGUUGGAGGGACAGGAUAUACAAGUUAUCCUGAUGCGACUGAUGCUGGUUAUCAAGAACCACCAUUCGGUCAACAGCAACAGCAGCAACAACAACAGCAACAACGGAUGCCUGAUUUUCGAGCACCGGCUUACUAACCCUCUCAAACAUAGUUUAUCACUAUUGAUACAACGUAAGAAAACAAUAAGAAAACAGAAGACAGAAGCUCUGCGAGGAAACUUUCAAUGAUAGAGCAAUGUCGAUAGAGUAAGUUUUCAUAGUAACAUAACUAGUGGAUGAAAGAGAGAGGAGAGAUGAGUAAACGAGGGGAAUAGAGAAGUGGGUAAACAGGAAAAAUAUAAAGAGAGAAAGGAGAACAAGGAAGAGAAUGUACGCGUGUGCGAAUACGUAUGUGUGACAAAUACGUGUAUGACUGUGACAAAAAGAAAAAAAAAUAGAAGAAAUGCGUGGAUGUGUACGCGCAAGACAACAAAACGUUACUUGUUAAAACUGUGCUUCUUAUUGUUGACCACUUAUAAGUCUUACACCUAAAAAUCAAUGGCGUAAGCGACAAAGAAGAAAAUAUUUAAAAAAAUGAAAAACCGGGUUACUGCCCUUGGAUAACACAUUUGAAACCGAAAAAUAAAAAAAGAGUGCAAAAGAACAGGAAGAACAGCGGGAGUGAGAGGAAGAAGGGAAAAAGAAAGAUGGACACUUACCAUCCAUUGAAUUAUAUAUAAAUAUAAAUGCAUAUAUAUAAAUUUAUUAUAUAUAUAUAUAUAUAUAUAUAUAUAUAUAUAUAUAUAUAUAUAUUAAAUUUAAGAUGUGCCGAAAAUCGAGCGAUACAAGCGGGAAAUAUAAAAUUAUUCGCCGCUGUAAACUGGAGACAAAUCUAGUUAGAAGAGUAAUCUUUUCCACAGUGAUACAGGUUUCAGUUUUUCGAAUAGGUUGCGAUUAAAAUUUUUAAACGUGCACGCAGCUUCGUUAUUCACAUUUAAGAACGUGCUUGAGAAUAUUAAUCGUUUAAUGCUUCAUGAAUUUUUUACAGUUGCGCUUACAUUAUUUUAUCGUGGACAGAAGAGGAAAAGAAAAAACGGGAAAGGUUAAUAGGUUUUUUCAAUCUCGAGGCGAAGUAUUUUAUAUUUUUCUUUUGUAUUGCCGUUUUCAGAACACCGUGUGUAUGUACACGUGUAUAUGUAUACAUUUUACAUAUAUAUGUAAUUGUAAACGGAUAAAGAAUAGCGGCUCUGUAAUAAUUCUUAAGUAGUUACAUGCACAUAUAUUUUACUGUGUUAAUAUAACGUGUUCAUAGAAAAUCGCGAAUACGACCGUACUACUAUUAACGACAAGACCUAUAUCGAACAAAAUAACAAAAGAUAUUACCAUUCUGUUGGAAAUCGAAUUAAUUCUUGAUUCCAUUCUAUCAUUGCCGUACUAUCUUAUAUUAUAGGAGGAUUCUCGAUUCGCAAUACGUUGCGCAUUAGUCUUAAUCUUACAAGAGAAUACUGGAGGCUUACCGAUACGCCACCAUGACGUAUUAUGCACCUGUUUUUCAGUUUAUACGAUAAAUUCGUUUCAAUUUCCUCCAAGGAAGAAAUACAUAAAAGAGAUAUCGAAGUUACUUCGUUAAGUUUCGUUGAUUAUGUUUUUUUAUGCUAUGAUAUUACGUUAUUGCUAUUAUAUUACGUCAUAUGGUUAUUUAAGCGUAUUAGAGAAAUUGGGAAAGCAAUGUUUCAAGCAAUUUAAAAAAUAUUAUUCAAUUGGUACGUGGACUAUCGAAAGAAACAAUGAGAGGAAUUGUUCUACUUUUAUCAGUAAUGAAAAACGUUACCAAGUCAUUUUUUAAAUAAUUUAUUUUUUGAUAUUAUUUUAUACAGAAAAUAAUUAAAUGAUAUUUUAUAAAUCAAAUUGUUCUUUACCCAGUUUCUCAGUGUUGUUGAUGUGAAUAUUUGAGAUAAUUUAAAACAGAUAAAUAUAUAUUUAAUGCAUCUGUAUGAUUUAAGUGAAGAUUGCGAAUAUGAAUUUUUUUCUGAUAGUAACUUUGUAUUGCCCCAAUAUUAAAUUAAAUUGUUACUUAAUUACGUAAAUGAUUCCAUAUCGAAUACGUUUCUUGAUAACGAUAAACGACUUUUACAUUCCCUUUCUAGCAUUUUUAGAUGCUUCAUCUUUUUUAAGUACGUUUAUUAACGUUUUUAGCAAUAUUGGAGCGGUGUUGAACAAAAUGUCUACGAAUCUCGUGACUAAUUGCAUGACUAUUCUUUUUCUCAUGCCGAUUAUACUGCCUCGGUUAAAAAAAAAACUUAACCAGCAAGUUGCAUGGCAGUGUCGUAAAAUAAUGAUAACGAAUAAAAUCGUUUUUUCGAUAAGUUGUAUUGUUUUCCUUAAGCGCUGUCGGUAUUGUAUCUAAUGACUAUUCGAAUUGAUGAUACCAUAACUUUCAUGUCCAGUACCGUGGCAAUACUAUGAUGAUAAUACUACGGUAAUUGAAAAUAGGUAAGAAAAAGAAAAGAAGAAAAAAACAAAAAUGUAAUUAACUACGGUUACCUACAAGAAAAAGAUAAGAAGCUAUUAUACUUGUCGUUUAAAAGAACAAUUGACGAUAUACGAUCGAAUUAAAAUUGCGUCUUAUAUAUAUUCCUUAAGGAUUGUACUAUUGAAACAAUAUUGUAAUAGUGUCACUAUUUCGGGCAGCUUUUUCUAAAGAGAAAAUUCACUGUUGGGCCAAUAUGAAUUCAAACUUUCGCGAUAUUUAACUUCCACCUGAAUUUCAGUUUUUGUAAUGACAAGUAUUUACUACUUCAUGUGAACGUUAUUCUUGCCGAGAGGAAAGAAAUAUUUAUUAAGGUGGUAUCAAUAAUUAAAUAGUUGUUGUAUCAUUGUGAUUAUACCAGGUGUCUCACUGUAAGAAAUAAAUCCACUCACGUGGAUAUAGAGUAUUUUAUCCCCUAUUUUAAUAUUGUAUCGUAUUAUUUAAUGUUUAAACAUUUAAUUUUACAAGUAAUCGUUGUAUAAAAACCGUUCCUUACUAUUAUACCAUUAUAAUUGUAUCAUUUAAAUUAAGUCUAAUUUCAACAAAUAAAAAUAUUAUAUUUUGGAUUUUGAUUUUAGUUAUCUCGUUUAGGUUAUUGAACAAUUUCUUAAUCUGCGAAUAAUUCACAAAGACAGAAAAUCGAUUAGAGAUUUCUGAGACGCCUUGUAUAUAAAGUAGUUGUAUUUAUAUUUGAAGCAGUAAAAAUCUGAGUGUUUAGAAAAGAAGUAUAAUCAUGUAAUUAACUAUAGAUGAGAUACAUGUAAGUAAUUAUUUUUAUGCGAGUCGAACGAUUGAACGGAUAGCCAAAAUCGAUAGCUUCGAUUCAUUCACUCUCCCUAAUGUGGUAAUAUCAAUGUGGUUUGUGCGCCAAUUGAAACUGCGUUUUGCCUAGGGGAAUUUUAUGAACGGAGCAGAAACGUUGUUUUAUUUUCAGCGUGUCGUUUGAUUGAUUUUUCUGCAGUGAAAUUUACAUAUAUUACGCAAGGCAACGAGAAAUGUAAAACUCGUUUAAUUACUAUGGAAAAUUCUAUAAAAUUCCGACAAAAGUUGCUAUUGUUUAACGUUUAAUAAUUAAACGAACAGAAAUGUUCGCAAGAAUUGGAAAACUUUCAAAAAAAUUGCAUUAAAUGUACAUAAGUAUUAUUUUUCAAAUAUAUGAUUAUCCUUAACGUCGCUACUUCUCGUUGCUUUUCACGUUGUAUUUCAAUUUGUGGCUCAAUCUAUUUUGACAUCGAUGAUGCAAAUAAAACAUCCAUCGUCGACUAGCGUUCCUCAGAAUUAAAAAGAAUUUCUUUUCGGUCAUAUUGUAUUCUUUACAUUUGUUGAAAGUUAUUAGAAUUUGUAUUAUGAAAUCGCAACGUUUUGUUGUUUAAUAAAUUUUGAGUGCCUAA